CAAGGACGAGUCCUCAGAGGACUUGUGUUCUAUGAAUAUAUACUGAACACAUCUUAUUGUCCUGGAACAGUUAGCUGUAGUGUAAGUGAAGUAUCAGCCAGGUCAUACGGAACGCUUGUCAGACAUUUCCUGGAUUAUACAGCUGCUCCUAACGGUAGCACGGAUUAUACUUUAAAGACUGUCCUCCAAAACCUCAAUCUAGGAAUUGUAACCAACAUGGCGAUGGCAGCGAAGCUUGUGAAGGAUCCGGUCAAAAGACCUGUGGCAAGACCCUCACCUAAGCGGAAAAGUGGGCAUAAGAGAAAGGAUCGAGAAAUGGAUGCUGAGAUCCGUGAAUUAUUCAGAAUAUUUGACAAGAACCGAGAUAACACUAUUUCAUGCAAAGAACUUGGUAAGGCGUUCAAGGUGUUUGGAUUGCCGUUGUCCGAAGAGGAAGUUCAACAGGUGGCCGAUGAGCUGGAUCCUAGCGGUAGCGGUAAGAUAGAGUACAAAGAGUUCUACAACUUUAUGGUGGAGCACUUAAAGAAGGCCGAAGACCCUCAGAAGCAAGACAACGCCAUUAGGAUGGCUUUCAAGGUGUUCGACAAAAAUGAAGAUGGCUUCAUCGAUGCGUCUGAACUGCGAGCAGUCAUGCAAAACAUGGGAGAACCUUUGUCAGAGAAAGAGGUCAGCGAUAUGAUGAAGGAGGCUGCCGUAGAUGACGACGGGAGGGUCAACUAUGAAGAUUUCAUCAACACGUGGACGGCAGCAGCUACGUCUACGAAAUAGUCUUCCUUG